AUGGAGAGGAGCAGGAGGCUGUUCGAGACGGAGACGCACGGGGGCCGGGCGGCGUACAGGCUCCACGCCGUCACGGUGGCCGCGGGGAUCCUCCUGGUGCUCUACUACCGGGCGACGCACGUCCCGGCCGCCGGCGAGGGCCGGGCGGCGUGGCUGGGCAUGCUGGCGGCGGAGCUCUGGUACGCCGCCUACUGGGUCGUCACGCAGUCCGUCCGCUGGAGCCCCGUCCGCCGCCGCCCCUUCAUCGACCGGCUCGCCGCCAGGCACGGAGAAAGGCUACCUUGCGUCGACAUCUUUGUGUGCACUGCAGACCCCUAUUCGGAGCCGCCGAGCCUCGUCGUCUCGACCAUCCUAUCACUCAUGGCGUACAAUUACCCGCCGGAGAAAUUAAGCGUGUACCUUUCCGACGACGGAGGCUCGAUUCUCACUUUCUAUGGCAUGUGGGAGGCCUCCUUGUUUGCAAAGCACUGGCUGCCAUUCUGCAAGAGAUAUAACAUUGAGCCAAGGUCACCAGCCGCUUACUUCUCAGAGUCAGAUGGGCAUCAAGAACUGUGCACCCCAAAAGAAUGGUCAUUGAUCAAGGACAUGUUUGACGAAAUGACUGAGCGAAUAGACACGGCUGUCAUGUCGGGCAAAAUUCCUGAAGAAAUCAAUGCAAAGCAUAAAGGAUUUUAUGAAUGGAACCAAGAAAUUACCUCAAAAAAUCACCAGCCAAUUGUUCAGAUUCUGAUAGAUGGCAAGGACCAAAAUGCAGUUGAUAACGAAGGAAAUGCGCUACCAACACUUGUUUACAUGGCGCGUGAGAAGAGGCCUCAGCACCACCAUAACUUCAAAGCUGGGGCCAUGAAUGCUCUGAUAAGGGUAUCAUCAGUGAUAAGCAACAGCCCUAUCAUCAUGAAUGUGGACUGUGAUAUGUACUCCAACAACAACGAUGCGGUCAGAGAUGCACUGUGCUUCUUCCUUGACGAAGAAAUGGGUCACAAGAUUGGAUUUGUGCAGUACCCUCAGAACUAUAACAAUCUGAGCAAGAAUGAUAUAUAUGGGAACUCCCUCCAUGUCAUCAAUGAGGUGGAGAUGGGUGGUAUGGACAGUUUGGGUGGCCCUCUGUAUAUUGGCACCGGAUGUUUCCACAGAAGGGAGAUCCUUUGCGGCAGGAAGUUCACAAAAGACUACCAGGAAGACUGGAAUGCAGGAAUCAAGGACAAAUUACAAGAGAGCAUAGAUGAGACUGAAGAGAAAGCCAAGUCUUUAGCAGCCUGCACAUAUGAACAUGGCACACAGUGGGGAGAUGAGAUUGGGGUAAAAUAUGGUUGCGCGGUGGAGGAUGUAAUCACCGGAUUGGCAAUACAUUGCAGAGGAUGGGAGUCGGUCUACAACAAUCCUAAAAAACCAGCGUUUAUGGGUGUAGGUCCAACGACACUUGCUCAGACAAUAUUGCAACAUAAGCGAUGGAGCGAGGGCAACUUAUCAAUUUUCCUUUCCAAGUACAACGUGUUCUUGUUUGGGCAUGGAAAAACCAAGCUACGACAUCAGAUGGGCUACCAUAUCUACGGACUAUGGGCACCCAACUCACUCGCUACACUGUAUUAUGUUAUCAUCCCUUCACUGGCCCUCCUCAAAGGCACCCCCCUUUUCCCAGAGAUUACAAGUCCAUGGAUUGCACCCUUCGUAUAUGUCUUCUGUGUGAAGAACAUGUACAGCCUAUAUGAGGCACUAUCAUCUGGAGACACGCUGAAAGGAUGGUGGAAUGGGCAGAGGAUGUGGUUGGUCAAAAGAAUAACCUCGUACCUCUUUGGAGUCCUUGACAAUCUCCGGAAGUUACUUGGACUGUCAAAGAUGAAUUUUGUGGUUUCACCGAAGGUAAGCGAUGAAGACGAGUCCAAGAGGUAUGAGCAAGAGAUUAUGGAAUUCGGGUCGUCAGAUCCAGAAUAUGUGAUCAUCGGGACUAUCACGUUACUCAACCUUGUUUGCCUGCUGGGAGGGCUAAGUAAAGUCAUGAAAGUUGGAUGGAAUAAUAUACACUUGGAUGCACUUUUCCCCCAGCUCAUUCUCUGUGGGAUGGUGGUGAUAACCAGUAUCCCAUUCUAUGAAGCAAUGUUCCUGAGGAAGGACAAAGGCAGAAUACCAUUCCCAGUUACACUAGCUUCUAUUGGCUUUGUGAUGUUGGCCUUACUGCCAGCAAUAGUUUAA